AUGUCAGCGACCGCAGCGCACCACUCGAGUUCCCACUCGGGCAGCAGCUCGUCAAACGUGAUUGGCGUGCACUUUCGGGUUGGGAGGAAGAUCGGCGAGGGGUCGUUUGGUGUCAUCUUUGAGGGAACCAACUUGCUGAACUCGCAGACGGUCGCCAUCAAGUUUGAACCGCGAAAGAGCGAUGCGCCUCAAUUGCGCGACGAGUACCGGACCUACAAGAUCCUCGCCGGUUCCGUCGGAAUCCCGCAAGUGUAUUACUUUGGCCAGGAAGGCCUGCACAACGUCCUUGUGAUCGACUUGCUUGGACCGAGUCUCGAGGACUUGUUCGAUAUGUGCGGGAGGAAGUUCUCGAUCAAGACGGUUUGCAUGACGGCCAAGCAGAUGCUCUCGCGCGUCCAGACGAUCCACGAAAAGAACCUGAUCUACCGCGACAUCAAGCCCGACAACUUCCUCAUCGGCCGCCCCGGCACCAAAAACGCCAACCUCGUACACGUCGUCGACUUCGGCAUGGCCAAGCAGUACCGCGACCCGAAGACGAAGCAGCACAUUCCGUAUCGCGAGAGGAAGAGUCUGUCGGGGACGGCGAGGUACAUGUCGAUCAACACGCAUUUGGGACGAGAGCAAUCGCGACGAGACGACCUCGAAGCGCUCGGCCACGUCUUCAUGUACUUCCUCCGCGGCGGCCUGCCAUGGCAGGGUCUCAAGGCCGCGACCAACAAACAGAAGUACGAAAAGAUCGGCGAGAAGAAGCAGAGCACGCCGAUCAAGGAGUUGGCGGAGGGGUUCCCUGACGAAUUCGCCAUCUACCUCAACUACGUCCGCAAGCUCGGGUUCGAGGAGACGCCCGACUACGACUUCCUCCGCGAGCUGUUCUCCAAGGUGCUCAAGAACAUGGGCGAGUCGGACGACGGCGUGUACGACUGGAUGUUGUUGAACAACGGGAAGGGAUGGGAGGCAGGAUCCACGGCGAUGCUCUCGUCUGGCUACGACUCUCGCCACCACCGCACGGGCCGAGGCGAGCGCGAUCGGGACCGCGAGCGUGAGCGAGCCGAGCGACACGCCCAGCGCGCGGCCGCCGCUGCCGCUGCCGCAGCCGCCGCAUCAGGCGGCGCAAACGGCGGGUCAGGCGCGCAGACUCCCACUCAGGCGGCGCGGGAAGCGAAGGUCGGGCGGCAACCGAGUGCGAGUGCGACGCCUGCGCCUGGAGCGAGCGCGAUGGCUGUCAAGGGGGUCCAGUCGCCUAAUGCGGCGGCACUUGGAGGCAAGGCGGCACAGCGAACGAGUAGCGGGCACCCUUAUGCGACUGCUGGCGGAGCAGGAGCGUAUGGAGAUCGCGCGGCGGGUGACUCGGAUUACGCGGCUGGCGGGUCGGGCGCGCAGGCUGGUGGAGCGAACGGGUACGCGAGGAACGGGCUUGGAGCGCAGGGCGGGCAGGGAACGGGUCAGAUGGCGGGCGACUACCGGCACCAGGACGAGGAGCACCACCGGAGCAGUGGGCGCGGAGGGUUCAACCUCAUCCGCUUCCUCACCUGCCGAUGUGGCUGA